UCUCUCUCUCUCUCUGUCUCUCUGCGUCUUUCACACACUCCUCACGCGUGUGAGAACGGCCCGCCAAAAAAAAAAAAAAAAAAAACAAAUUAACAGAGCCGAAAGUGAGGAAACAUAAUCUUUCACUCUCCUUUUUGUUUUCGUGGACAAUCAACGGGGGGAGUCGAGUUGUGCUCGGUGGGGGAUCGAAAUAUCUGAUCGGAAACUCAGCGCAUCCGCCCGCUAUCUCGCUGUAAGGAGGCAUCAGGAAACAGGAGAGAGAGCGAGAGAGAGAGAGGGAGAGACAACGUGUUGUGAAUACAGAAGAGAGCAACUAUUGACACCUACAGCCCACCAGUCUGCCGCGCGCCUGGACAAAGCUAAAAGGACAUCAGCAGCGAAGGAUCCGGCUUUGUAGCGGUCUAUCAAUUCAGGCUGUGACUCAUCCACUAUCCUCAGAUGCUUAUUUACUAGCUUAUUUACCUUAUCUUUUUUUUUUUUUUUUUUUUUUUUUUUUGGCUCCAUCCCGGAGGUGACAACUGGCUGCCUGCCAUCGGUUCUCCUCGAAGCGCACAGAAAACCAAUAGAUCUGUUCCCCUCUAAACACACACACACACACAUAAAACCCCACAUCAGGCGAGAUCCGUCUGUGGCUCUGACAUGCUGUAAGUUUUUUUUUUUUUUUUUUUAAUAAUCUGGACUGGACCUAUAUUAUGGCAUCGCUGUAUCAGAGAUUCACCGGGAAGAUCAAUACGACCAAUUCCUUCCCGCACCCACCUGAGGCCAGCCAUCUCCUCGGUGGACAGGUUGCAGACGAGGAAAACGCAGUGAAGACCCCUCAGCAACUCGUCGAUGGCAGACCCCACGUCCAGUACCGCAAGAAAUGCUUGCGGGAGGAUGAGGAUGACCUCGUGGGCAGCGCUCCACCUCAGAGGAACUGGAAAGGGAUAGCUAUCGCCCUGCUGGUCAUCCUCAUCAUCUGUUCCCUGAUUGUCACCUCCGUCAUCCUGCUGACUCCUAGUGAAGAUGACAGCCUUGCCCUUAAGAAGAAAGUGACUGUAGAGGAUGUCUUCGGUCCAGACCUUCGGAUCCACGACCCAGACGCCAAAUGGCUCAGUGACAAUGAGCUGAUGUAUCAGACGAGGGAGGGAGAUGUUGUCAAGCUUAAUGCUGACACAAAGGAGAAAACCGUUAUUGUGCCGAAGCUGUUGUUUGACAGAUCCAGAGCCACCAAGUACCAAGUAUCUCCAGACAUGCAGCAUGUGUUGUUUGCCUUUGAAGUAAAACCGAUCUACCAACACUCCUAUGUGGCCAAGUACAUUAUUUACAGCCUCGUGGCACAGGAAACUUGGCCUCUGAACCCCCCUGAGGUGCAUGAAGCUGCCCUGCAGUUUGCUGGAUGGGGGCCCCGGGGCCAGCAGCUGAUCUUCAUAUUUGAAAACAACAUCUACUACAAAACAACGAUAGAGAGCCGAGCGAUCCGCCUGGUUUCCACCGGCCAAGAGGGAGUUGUCUUCAAUGGCCUUGCUGACUGGCUGUAUGAGGAGGAGAUCCUGCAGACCCACAUUGCCCACUGGUGGUCACCAGACGGGCUGCGGCUGGCCUACAUGACCAUCAAUGACUCGCUGGUGCCGAAGAUGGAAGUCCCAUUUUUCACUGGAACGCCGUACCCCGCCAACCUGGAGUAUCACUAUCCCAAGGCUGGGGAGGAAAACCCUGCAGUGCACCUGUCUGUGGUGAGCCUCAAUGGUCCCCUGCACACGGUGGUGAUGAAGAAACCUGAUGACCCCCGAAUAGGGAGGGAGUUUUAUAUCACCAUGGUGAAAUGGGCCACCAGCACCAAACUGGCUGUCAACUGGCUGAACAGAGCCCAGAACAACUCUAUCCUGACACUGUGCGAGGCUACGACUGGAGUCUGUAUUAAGAAACAUGAGGAUGAGAGUGACAACUGGUUGCACAGACAGAAUGAAGCACCACUCUUUGCCCAAGAUGGACACAAGUUCUUCUUCACCAGAGCAAUUCCUCAGGGUGGGAGAGGAAAGUUUUUCCACAUCUCUAUGUCCACCUCGAUGCCUAACACUAGCACAGACAUACUUCAGUCCCUGACCUCUGGAGAUUGGGACAUCACCAGAAUCUUAGCCUUCAAUCAUGAAAGGAACCUCAUAUACUUUCUGAGCACAGAGGAUGACCCCAAACGACGGCACCUAUACAGUGCUGACACGAUCCCUCCAUUCAACCGCUGCUGCCUGUCUUGCGAGUUCAAGUGCGGCUACGUGGAUGUUUCAUUCAGCCACAACAUGCGGUACUUCUUACUCAACUGUAAAGGCCCAGAUAUACCGAGUGUGGCUAUCUAUAGCACAGAGGACAAACAGAAGGUGUUCGACGUGGAGACAAAUGAAAAAGUGAACGACACGUACAACAACAUGCAGAUGCCCAGGGUGGAGAACGAGACCAUCACCAUAGACGACUACACUCUGACAAUGCAGAUUCUGAAGCCAGCUGGAUUCGUAGAUACUGCGCAUUACCCCUUGCUGCUGCUAGUGGACGGUACACCCGGAGGACAGAUGGUAACCGAGCAGUUCCAGGUGGACUGGGCCACAGUUCUGGUCAGCAGCUUCAGCACCAUAGUGAUCCGCUUCGACGGCCACGGCAGCGGCUUUCAGGGCACCAACCUUCUCCACAAAGUCAGGAGAAAGCUGGGAACUUUCGAGGAGAGGGACCAGCUGGAGGCCCUCAGGUUCAUAUCCAAAAAGCCUUACAUUGAUAAGAAUCGAAUGGGAGUUUACGGAAAGGCCUAUGGAGGAUAUUUAGCCACAAUGCUUUUGGGCUCUGAAGAGUUUACCCAGCUGAAAUGUGGAACAGCAGUCUCACCCAUCACAGAUUUUGAGUUAUAUGCAUCUGCAUUUUCAGAACGAUACCUUGGGUUAAAGACAGAUUCCAGAGUAUACACGAUGGCAAAUUUAGCACACAGAGCGGGUCAACUUCUGGAGAAACAGUACUUGAUAAUUCAUCCAACUGCUGACGAAAAGGUUCACUUCCAGCACACGGCCAAAUUUAUCAACCAUUUAAUCAGCGAGAAGGCCAACUACACUCUACAGAUCUAUCCAGAUGAAGGACACUUCCUACACACUGAAGGGACACAGCAGCAUCUGAGCCAGUCUCUGGUCAACUUCUUCGAAGAGUGUUUCCGGGUGCCAGAAGUGCUGACGGACGACCAGCAGGAGGAGGACGAGGACGACAGUUAAGCCUCCUCCUCUGACCAGCCCCCACCCCACCACCACCACCACCCCCACCACCCCCACCCCGGCCAGCUACAACAGCACAAUAUGCAACAGAUCUUUCUAACCCAGUCAACCCACAACACCUGAUUUGAGCUCUACUCUGAAGCAUGUGCAAAAGAGGCCUCGGCCUACAUCCAACUACCCACCCCCAGCUACCCGCCCCACCCCACCCCUCUCUUUGUGCUGACCAGGAAACCAGUCAGGAAGACAUGAAUGAAUAAAUCUCUGACGUGAGAGUCGUAUCUCUCUCUGCUGUUGGAAUAAGUGGACUAGCCCUCCCUCUGGUGGACAAAUAGAGGGUCAACAUGACAUUCACUGAGCAAUGUGUCUCCAUUCCAAACCAGGUACGUUAAUCGAGCGCUUUGCAGCACAAAAUACCCCCUCAGUGGAGAUCAGUACAUUAUUUUGAGAUUUCACUUUUGAAAGGCUGCCAGUUUCUGAUAACCUUUGCCAACCGACCUACUGAUUAUUGUGUUCAUGAGUACAAUUACUGCUACUUGUUUCUCAGACUUUCUCUGUUCAGUGUCUUACAGUAGUACAGUGUCUAUGAGUGGAUGUCUGGCUGCAUCAGUCCUUAGUUGCUUUAUAAAUUGAAUUGUACUCCAAGAAAAAAAAAAAAAAAACAACAACAAAGUGUUGAUACAAAAAUGGUAUGAAAUCAUAGGUUUCCCUCCUCAUAUAUCUGGAUUGAACUCUUCUUUUAGUCACUGUGCCUUACUGUGGGUGAGAUGUUCAUGUUAGGAGCCCACAUGACGUUGAAAAUGAUUAAUAUGGGUCAGCCUUGUCUGAACUGUGCAUUCUGUUGACAACUCGAACACAGAUCAUGAUUUAAUUUCCUCUAAGGAUAGCUGGUUAUUAGUGAGCUAAGUAUUUUUAAAAAAGAAACAGAAAAGAAAAAAAGCAAAGAAUGGCACAUUUUAUCUCAGAACAGGGAAAAGAAUUGAACACAAAAUAACUUUGUCUGCUUGAAAGAUGGUAUUAUACUGACAAAAAUGUAAAGAAUAUUUAGUUUGCAAAUACAGUUUGUGGUAUUUACCUUCCAAACUGGCGUACUGACAAGUUAACUAUGCUGAAUUCUACAUUAUUUUGUGAAUUUUUCUUUGACUUGUGUGUUAAAUGGCUUGACUCCCUAUGUCACUUCUGUUAGUAUUGUCAGUGGUUUCUAGUCAGCUGAUGUACAAAGUGUAUAAAUCUUAUAUUGUUUAAGUCUUUAUGUUGUACGUGCAACUUGUAUAUAAAGCAUUUUGAAAUGUA